UUGUAUUGCUGCUGGUUCACUGGAUUGACAGCUCAGGCCCUGUCGCCCAGUUUCCUGCCGAGCUCAGACUGCAGUCUAACGCGAGGCGCGUCCUAGAUUUAUGGCAGUAUUGACAUUACGAAUUACCUACUCUUGAAUCGACUCAUUUCAGUCCGGUAGAUUGUCUAUCUAGCAAAACGAGACAAAAUUCAGUCUCAAUUUUGACUCCAGACUCACAUGAUAAGGGCUCGGGGCUUCAUUAGCGACUCACUACGUAAAAUCACGGACAAAGGUAUAUCGAAUUGGAAUCGCCCGAUAAAGACGCCUUGUUGAGACGUGACGCCUCGCGGAAACGCGAAACUCCUUAGCGAGAAGCCUUAUUGAUCACCUAUUAGAACGUCAAGUCUACUACAAGACGCACAGUGGGAGGCGCCGUGUUGAGACUCCUUAUUGCCGUCAAGUUCAAGCUGACCGUCAAUUAAAUCUUGGUAGAGCGUGACGCUCGCUCAUCAUGGGGUCGUCAUGGUCGCCGGCUCGGCCGAUUCUCCUGGUUGCUCUGCUCUUGUCGCUAGCCACGCAUACACGCACGCAGACGACAUACGAUGGAUUCUUGGAUGAAAUCGAAGGCGUUCUUAACGGCUCCACACCCGUCGGCAAGAUCGACUCCAUGUUGUUCACCCAGGCCAAUCAGUACAACCUGUACCUCAGCAAUAAAGCCGGCACCAAGUCCGUCUCCCGCAGUGCCUCCCUCCCCAGUGCUGCUUCUACCACUGCAGCUGGCAGCGGCGGCAAUGGCGGCAGCAGCAGCAGUGGCGGCAGCAGCAGCAACCUAGGCCCUUUCUUACGCUUCAUCCUUGUUCUCUUAGGCGUUGCCAAAUCCGACUCGCCCUCUCUCGCCUUCAUUCGGAGCAGCGUGCAGUGGCUGAGCAGCAACGCGACAGUCAGCAAAUCCAAUCUCGCAAAGCUCAACAUGGUGCUCAAGCUGCUGAAGCAGCCGAGCCUGUCAAAAGCACUGGGAUCCAUGCAGUCUGCGUUUUUCAUUCCGGUGGGUGCCAAGGUCUCUCUGGAAGCGCAAGGAAUCACACAACUUUCAGCUGCCCAAAGCGCGGUGCCGAUUGCUGCGCCGUCGAAUUCCGGGCAGGUCUCGGGUCAAAAUUACGCACAAGGUUAUGGACAAAGUGGUGGGGCUGUUGUCGUGCAAAGUGAUGACGGUGAUGAUGAUUCCAGCUCACGGCACGGUGGGAGACAGUACCGCAUUGAGUCCGAUGAUGACGAUGAGGAGGACGACGAUGAGCCCGAGUGCGUAGAGCCGACGGGGAGAGUGCGAAUCUUCAAAUACACCUCCCCUCAGAACGUCUCCUUUGUGAUCCUCCGAGCCAAGAGCAAAUGCUUGGCCGACGUGCGCAAAGUGCAAAUCCGCAACGCACCUUACGGGAAAACGGGGGCCCUUGUAAUGGAAAUUCCGGGAUCGUGGGUUCUUUGGGAUGAUGACGAGAUCGAGCUGGUCAAACACACCUUCAUUGCCAAUGCGAGCAGUGUGACUGUAUCGAAUGGGCAGACCAUGGAUGAGGCGGUCAUAUCAAUGACCAAGGCGCCGUGGAACUACUACGCUAUUUUUACGACAGGGAGCAAGAAGAGUGGUGCAAUGAGGGGCCAGUUUUGGAAGCCCUUCUGCCCAUGGUGUGCAAACUUUACUUUCACUGGAUCGUAGGUUUAGUUUGCCACGCCAACAUGUGGGUAGGGAAGUCACUACGGUAUGUCAUUGGCUUUAGGUUGCAUCUACCAACCAAGCAAAGUGUGUAGUGAAGUUGCGAUGGCUAGUAUAUUUAACUGCUUUUUGAAGUACAAUGCCCUU